UCGUAUUUCCUCUUGUAGUUAUGAAACAACCAUAAUAGCGAUGUCUUUAUUCCAUCAUCUCGUGUCUCGUUCUCUUCCUUUAUGGCUUUUAUUUGUUCUCAUAUUCUUAGUAUUGCUCGGGAAAUCUCAAAAGGAAGCUUUACAAGUUCAAGUGGGGAUUGUUCUUGGCACUAAUGGGACCGUAGCAGAUAUGAGCUUUCGAGCUGUUAACAUGUCUCUGUCGGAUUUCUAUAACACUCAUAAUGACUUCAAGACAAGGAUUGUCCUCAACAUCCGAGACUCCCAACAAACUGUUGUUGGUGCUGCCGCUUCAGCUCUAUAUUUGAUUAAGAAGAAGGAAGUGGUGGCCAUUAUUGGACCAGGAACUUCAAUGCAAGCUCCAUUUUUAAUCAACCUCGGAAAUCAAUCAAAAGUUCCGAUCAUUUCAUUCUCAGCAACAAGCCCUCUUCUUGAUUCCCUCCGUAGUCCAUAUUUCAUCAGAGCCACACACGACGAUUCGUCUCAAGUCCACGCCAUUAGCGCCAUCAUAGAGUCAUUUAGAUGGAGAGAAGUUGUGCCUAUUUAUGCGGACAAUGAGUUCGGAGAAGGUAUUCUUCCUUACUUAGUUGAUGCUUUUCAAGAGAUUAACGUUCGUAUCCGAUACCGAAGUGCCAUAUCAGUACAUUCCUCUGACGAUGGAAUCAAGAAAGAGCUUUACAAACUAAUGACCAUGCCCACUAGGGUUUUUAUGGUGCACAUGUCGCCAGAUCUCGGAUCGAGGCUUUUCUUGAUAGCGAAAGAGAUCGGUAUGAUGAGUAAAGGAUACGUAUGGAUUGUUACAAAUGGUAUAGCUGAUCUCAUGAGUUUAAUGGGUGAAACUAGCUUGAAGGACAUGCAUGGAGUUUUGGGUGUCAAAACAUAUUUCUCAAGAUCAAAAGAGCUAAUACAUCUUGAAGCUCGUUGGCGAAAAAGUUUUCAAGGAGAAGACCUAAACAAUUUCGAGUGUUGGGCUUAUGAUGCUGCCACAGCACUUGCAAUGUCAGUUGAAAAAAUCAGUAAUGUAUACAUGAGUUUCAACAAGUCCCAAAAGAACACUUCAAGAGAUGAUACUGGGACUGAUCUUGAUGAUCUUGGCGUCGUUCUUUCUGGUCCUAAGCUUCUUCAAGCGUUGACAGCAGUCAGUUUCAAUGGCGUUGCCGGGAGAUUUCAGUUGAAAAACGGAAAGCUAGUGGCAAAGACUUUCAAGAUUAUCAAUAUAGAGGUAAGCGGGGAAAGAACCAUAGGAUUUUGGAAAUCAGAAGUGGGGUUAGUAAAGAACAUAGGAGUGAAUCAAACAAGCAUUAAUACAUUAAUAUCACACAGCUCCCACCGCCUUAGAUCGAUAAAAUGGCCUGGGGACAGUGACUCUGUGCCUAAAGGCUGGGAAUUCCCAACAAACGCUAAGAAGCUACGAAUAGCAGUUCCAAAGAAGGAUGGUUUCAACAAUUUUGUCAAGGUAACAAAAGAUGAAAACACUAAUCUUGUAACGGUAACUGGAUUUUGCAUAGAUGUUUUCGACCUGGUGAUGAAACAGAUGCCAUAUGCUGUCUCCUAUGAGUACAUCCCCUUUGAUACUCCAGAUGGCAAAAGUCGUGGAACUUACAACGACAUGGUUAAUAGUGUGUUUCUUGGGGAGUUCGAUGGAGCUGUAGGUGAUACAACAAUCUUGGCUGAUCGGUCGCAUUAUGUAGACUUCACGUUGCCAUACUCGGAGACCGGUGUUGUAUUCGUGGUGCCAAUCAGAUAUGGGAAUGAAAAUAAAGAAUGGGUAUUCUUAAAGCCUUUAACAAAGGAGCUAUGGUUGCUCAGUGCUGGUUCUCUUCUCUUCAUUGGAAUCAUGGUUUGGAUUUUUGAGUACCAAGCAGAUGAGGAUUUCAGGAAUCAGAAGAUAGUUGAUAAAAUAUCAAAUGUGUUCUACUUCUCAUUUUCGACUCUCUUUUUCGCACACAGUAAGCCAUCAGAGAGCUUUUUCACAAGGGUUCUUGUUGUGGUUUGGUGCUUUGUGCUGCUAAUUCUGACUCAGAGCUACACAGCAACACUGACCUCGAUGAUGACUGUUCAAGAGCUUCGACCAACAGUGAGACACAUUGAUGAUUUGAAGAAAAGUGAAGUGAACAUUGGAUAUCAUGCGGGUUCGUUUACAUUCGAAAGAUUGAAACAAAUGGGUUUCAAUGAAUCGAGGUUAAAGACUUAUAGUUCUCCCCAAGAAAUGCAUGAGCUAUUCCGUAACAAGAGCAGCAACGGUGGUAUUGAUGCUGCGUUUGACGAAGUCGCUUACAUCAAGCUUUUCAUAGCUAAAUAUUGCUCAGAAUAUUCCAUUAUUGAGCCUACCUUUAAGGCCGAUGGCUUUGGUUUUGCCUUUCCAUUAGGAUCUCCUUUGGUGCCGGAUAUUUCAAGACAGAUCUUGGACUUAACAGAGAGAGAGAUGAAAGCUAUGGAGAAGAAGUGGUUCCUUGAAGAAAAACACUGUGUUGAUUCUACCACAUCGGAUUCUCCAAUCCAGCUCAAUCACCACAGCUUUGAAGGCCUCUUUUUAAUCAUCUUUGUUCUAUCCAUGCUCUUACUCUUAGUCAUGUUGGCCCGUAAAAGUUACAAAGAGAGACAUCGCAAUGAGCUCGAUGAUGAAGGCGAAUCAAGUGUCGGUCAAGAGCAUGCCCAACGUAAGAUGACAAAGGCUACAACCAUUGGAAGAGCUGGGACACCGUCAAGGCUAAAGUCAACAGAAAAGUUGGGGUGAUUGAAAUGCAAUCAGAAAAGUUGCAUUUAAAAUAAGUAAAACAUAAAAGAAAUGUAAUCUGUACGUGCUACAUGUAAUGUAUGUGUUCAAUCAAUUCUAAGUAUCGAAGACGGACGUCUUAGACGGUAGUAAU